CCGAUCCGAUUCUUCUUCGAGCGAGACACUUGCCGAUUUGCUGCGAUAAUUGCUCACCGUCCGCUUUAAACGUCCGCUAAUCUCGUUCGCCGUUGAACGAGAGCUUUCACGCUUCGCUCCGGCCGGCCCUUGUCUUUAUUUCCUCCGUGGCAGGGAUGGAUCUGUCUCACCCGCCUCGCCUCGGACCAGUUCGCCGCGUCGUAGAGAUCGUUGUUUUACUAGCCGGUUUUCACUGCGACCGGCCGUGCACCGGCUACGCUCGGAUCUACAUAUAAGAACGGAGAAACGUUAAACUAGUUUCCACGAUUUUUCAACCGGCCGAGUAUAAAGGAGAAAUUCAAUGUCGGCCGAUACAUCAUUAGACGUCGCGCCGGCGUGCCGAUUCGAUCCGUUCGAGCCGAGAGCAGCGUUGAGACGUUGAACACGAUCGGCGAAUGAGAUAACGCGCGGAGAAACAGUCGUACAGAUCAAAUUCUUUUUUAAUCAUCGGCCACCAGGGACAGUGACGAUCGAUUGAUAUGGACUUGCUGCUACUGUUUCUACUGUCGUCGGCGAUCUUCGUCCAAGGAUAUGGGAAAAAUAACGAUCCGAACGACGAGCCCUUCCUGCCGAUAUAUCCGGUUUAUCCCUAUAGUCCGAAAUUGAUGAAAAGGGGCGUGGAGAAGGAAACGAUCGCGCAGCUAUCGCCAGAAUUAUACGCGCCCAAAGUCGACGCCAAGGACUCUUACACCGCCAGUUUCGGCGCCAACCACCCCCGAGACUCUUAUUACCCUAAUUACAACCCGUAUUCCAAGGUUACCUCGCCGUCCAACUACGCGUACUACGGUUCCCUCCCGUACUCGUAUCAAUCGAGCCCUUACAGCACGUACAAUCCCUACUCGACCCUCCACGGCACGUACAAUCCCUACUCGUCGCACACGGUGCCUUCUCCGCCGCCUUCUUCUUAUCCAGCGAUUCCUUACUCGCCCUCUUAUCCUAAUUACUACUACCAAUCUCCCUAUUACUACCCUGAUUACUACAACCAGCCGCUGUUUCAUCCGCCACCGUUGUCGCCACCUGCUGUCGAUUACUCCGGCGACGCGUACAGCGACGUCGAGGCCGGCGGCAAAAGUAAAGACAGAAACAGGCAAACACAGGAUGCACCUCAGUUCGUCGACGGAGCGAACUACAUCUCUGCAAACCCGAAGGAUCUCGAGGGUCAGCCGAGCACCUACAAAACGAGCAGCUAUCAGAAUCAGUUGGCUAGCGGAAUCGGCAACCUGCAGAUAAAAGGUAUUCCGAUCCCGGUGCCGAAAACCACGUACAGAGUGAUCAGCGUUGCCGGACAGCCGGUAGGUCCUGACUACCCUUUGCCAGCGUCGUACGUGAAAGCGCAGCAGCUCGAAGAGCUGAUGAAUCACGGCCUGGUGAAGCUGUUGCAGCAAGUACCCGAGUACUCUGUACGCGAGUCGACGAAGGAGGCAACGACGACGACGACGACGAACGACGGCCAGGACGCGAGUCAAAACGAUCAGAGCAAAAGCACGCGUUACCUUACCGUCCCGAGCGUGAUCGCUAAAACUGGCUUGACAUACGUCGUGAAUCCCGGCGUUCUCAGAAAGUUGAACGUCGGACAGGCAACGGGCCAGAUCGUUCAGACGUCGAAGACUCCGUUGAAAAAUAUCAAGUAUCCACCGUUGGCUCCUGGUGUGUACACGGCGAUCGAGAAGCCCGAGCAAGAUCAGACCGAGUCGAACGAGUACGAGAAAUACGAGAGUUACGAGAGGGCAUCGCCGGACGCUCAGGACGACUACGACGUUUCGUCGAGUCAAGCCGAUAAACAGCAGCAGCAGCAGAGCUACGACGUGAAUUCCGGCCAGUCUUAUCAGAAUCAGAAUUACGUCACGCCGCGGGCAUACACUUAUCAAUACACCAGCUACAAUCCAACGCAGACCACCUCUCAGAGGCAGUCGCAGCUGUACAAAAACAAUCUGGACAGUGUGAAUUUCGGCGUUAAGACGAAAGAUGCUUGAGGUUUGGGUUAGACGAGAGAAUGGAAGACCCGUUUGGGUAUGGUGCUAUGACUUGUUUGCCGUUUCAGAGUUUUAUUUUUAUACGACCAGCGUUGGUUAAGAUUAGUACUGAGAUAUAGAUAUUUAUAGUUAUAGCGUGUUUUUCAACGGGAGCGUUAAUUUCAAAAGAAAAUUAUGCACCUUAUUUGGAUAUAAAUUGUACGAUUUCUUCUUUUUUCACGUCGAUUUUUACGUUAGACUUGCUCCUCCUUCGUUCAGUUCGAUGAUACUUCACGCCAAAAUGGUAUUCACGAGGCUUUUACGUUCUACGUAUGUAUGUAUGUAUGUAUACAAGCGUUAUA